AUGCCAGCGUCGCCGCAGAACGGCAAGGUCGGCCGUAAGGCCAGUUUGGGCGAGCUGCCGGGCCACAAACACCAAAACGGCAACGGCUCUUCCUUGACCCUCCAACAACGAACUCCUCCGCCCGAUAACUGGCGCCAUAUCCAGCCGUGCUCCCAUUUAACCAAGGUUUUGGCCACCUCGGCCCACGAUACCGUCAUGGCCACGUAUAAGCAGGCCGUGGGCAUUCUGGUGGCUGUAAACCCGCUGCUCAAGGAAAGACUAGUGUUUCGGAAAAAGGACGGUCUGGCGGUGCCUCAGAACACGUUUAACGAUCUCAAACACAAGGUGCUCCGCUGUAGCGACUGCAACCUUGCCAACUUCCACCAGGUGUUCUUUUGUCUCCAGUGUCCUCAUGUGGGGUGUUAUCAGGAACACGCUCGAGCUCAUGCUGCUAAACAAAACCACAUGUUUGCCAUCGAUGCCCAAAACGGCCUUCUUUUUUGCUUCUCGUGCAAGGACUACAUCAACCACUCGGCGCUCAACGAUAUCAGACUCGCCGUGGCUUCCAUGGACGAUAUCCAGCCUUCCAGUGAUAAGCAGGCUGCUUUGAGCGAAUACUACGAUAAGCCUGCCGCCGUGGCGAUCCACGGACUCAAGGGAAUCGUCAAUUUGGGCGCCACGUGUUUCAUGAGCUGUGUGCUUCAAACGCUUCUCCAUAACCCGUUGGUGAGAAACCAUUUUUUCAACAACGACCUACAUUUCUUCAACUGCCCGCUGGCGCAGCGGUACCUCGACGAAGGCAACAUCGACAGCUCUACAGCGUGCAUUACGUGCCUGGUUGACGCCGUUUUCAAACAGGUCUACUGCGCUUCCUCCAAUGAGGGUUUUGGCAUCACCACGCUUCUCCAGACAGCAUGGUACAAGAACCUGCUGCUUGCGGGUUUUUCCGAACAGGACGCCCACGAAUUCUGGCAAUUUCUCCUAAACGAAUUCCAUGCCGACCACGAGAAGGUGUUGCAAGAGGCACAUCUAGAUAUCCCCUCUCCAGAACGCUGUCUGUGCAUCACCCACAGCGUCUUCCUGGGCGAGCUAGAAAGUUUGGUCGAAUGCAGCAGCUGUGGAUUUGUCAGAAGCACCGUGGACCCCUUGGUUGAUCUUUCCCUCGAGGUGAACGAUCUCAACAACAAAACCAACACUCUCUACGAAUGUCUCGACUUGUUCACCCAAACCGAGGCUCUAGACGCCAAGUCCAGUUGUCAGUCCUGUGGCACCGAAUCCAAGCCGUUCAGAUCGCUCCGGAUCCGCAAACUUCCCCCAGUUCUCAGUAUUCAGCUCAAGCGGUUCAAGCACAACCAUGCCAACGACACCGCAUCCAAAAUCGAAACCAAGGUCGACACGCCCCUCUACCUCAACCUCACAAAAUAUGUUUCAGACUACAACAACGAGGGCAACGAUGACGUGGAUUCGGGCAAGGUGUACGAGCUCUUUGGUGUGGUUACACACAUUGGUUCUGUCAACACCGGCCAUUACGUGGCCUUCAUCAAAAACAGCAUUGGGCAAUGGUUCAAGUUUGACGACAGCGUGGUCUCGCAUGCCUCCCACCACGAUGUCCAGAACACCAACGCCUAUCUUCUCUUUUACAUUGCGCAUUUCUCUUAG